AUGCAGGCUUCACCGUCCCUCUCGCAGUACGCUGCUGGGGCUCGAACCGCAGUGCGUGCGGCUUUGACCACGUGGCGCACCGGAUGGAAGGGACGCGCUGGAGGCAAUACAAACGCACCACAGGCAUUAACAUGCACCACGGCGCGAAGGUCUAGAGAUUCAAAUCAGCCGGGCGCCGCGGCCGCGUGCUUCCUGGCUCUGCAGCGAGGGACAUGACACUUCUCCCAAGAGCAAUUUCGACUUUCCAGGACCUUACCACGUCUACCCACUUUCAGUCAACGCUACGUGAGUAUCAACCCUCUCCGCUUCUCACUCUUCUGCUGUCCAUUGCCAAGGGAAAGCGCUCCGGAGCUAUACCAGUACAUGGCUUGCCCGAGGCGAACGACGGCGGGCACGCGGAAAACAGGCAAGGAGCCGGGAAAUAUGAUCCACGAGGUGGACAUCAAUGUUGACCAAUGAUGAAGAAUUGGAUCGCGUCUUGGUCGGGUAGGAGAAGGACGGCGCAUUGCACACGGGAGAAUGGUCACGUUGGACAGAGGGGCCAGUGAUCGCGGGAUGGUCGGCCAAUGUUCCCAAUACCCGAGUCUCGCUAAGGCAUGCUUAGGAGCCUCAAGCAAGACAGCCGAGAGGACGUCUUGUUGUGGAGCCUGUGCAAAGGCUCAGGCGGACAAGUGUUGCGCCUCUCGAGUCAGAGCGUCGGCUCGCGUUCUCCGCGCCACCUUGUUUUUGGUACAAUGGAUUGGCGUGGUACGGCCCAUCGCUGACAACCCGACGAUUCGUGCGCCCCAUAAUGUAGUGACACCUCAAGACAUUCUCACAAGAUGGCGCCCAAGAUUGACCCCAAUGAGGUGAAGAUCAUCUACCUCCGAGCCGUCGGUGGUGAGGUCGGUGCCUCUUCUGCGCUUGCUCCCAAGAUCGGUCCUCUUGGUCUGGUAAGUAGAGCGUGACGCUGCUGUCGGGCUCUCCAAGGCAUCCCCCCUCACACAGCUUCCCCAUCGUGGCCACAGUCUCCCAAGAAGGUUGGAGAAGACAUUGCCAAAGCUUCGGGUGACUGGAAGGGUCUUCGAGUGACUGUCCAGCUCACCGUCCAAAACCGUCAGGCUGCCGUCUCUAUCGUCCCCGCUGCUAGCUCAUUGGUAAUCAAGGCGCUGAAGGGUGAGUUUGGAUCGCGCUCGAUGCCACGCACAAGCGGCAAUAGGGACAAGUCGGGUCAUGCGGGAUGCGUUGGUAGAGUCGAUGAAGCAAGACCACUUCUCUCUGCCCCUGACAUUGCUGGCCCUGGCCAAGCCCCACGCUGGAUGCCGUCCCAUCCUCGCCCAUCAUCGCUUACGCUAUCGCUACAUUGCUUUGUGCAUCAGAGCCCCCUCGUGACCGCAAGAAGGUAAAGAACAUCAAGCACGCCGGCAACAUUCCCUUCGACGAAAUUGUCGAGAUUGCCAGGAAGAUGAGGUACAAGUCUCUCGCCAAGGAGCUCGCUGGAACGGUGAAGGAGAUUCUUGGCACAGCGCAAUCUGUUGGCUGCAGUGAGUAGAGCUAGUCUUUCUGUGCAAGUCAGUACAUUGACUCGUUUUCUCGCGCUUCUUUGCUACUGUAGCUGUCGAUGGUCAACCUCCCCACGACAUCAUCGACGGCAUCAACGAGGGAGAGAUCGAGGUCCCCGCCGAGUAG